GCAGGCUUUGUCCCAGUCAUUGUCACAGGCUUAGAGAGCCUCUUAUGCCAAGCGGAGGCUUUGGCGACAUAUGUCACUUGAGCGACUCUCCUGUCACCCCUUUCGGGCGCUUGAGUGGAGGGGCGUGUUCAAGGGGGCAGGCCUGAGCUGGAGCAGGACCGACAUGUCAGAGGUGUUCGUUCAACGAGACGAGUUGGAACGCUCCCCCUCAUGGUGCUGUCUCUGGAAUUCGAGCUUUUCCCUGUGAACUUGAGGAUGUAGAAUGACACACGAAUUAGUCUGCUGUGCCUUAGAAAGUCCAAGGAUUGCCAAUUGAUCUUCCUCGACACCUAUUCCGCAAAACCUCUGUGUCCACUGACCAGCGGAGGGUGAUGAGGCUGGCAGGGAGCCUCCAGCUUGUCCUGCUGCUGACUCUGAGCACCGAGGCCACAAGCCUCAAUAUCCCUCCUGAAGUGGAGCAGCUUCCUACUUUUGUAUAUCACACGACAGGGCCCAUAAUUGCCCUUCCUUUUGACAACACCGUGACUAUCAGGUGUGAAGCAAGGGGAAACCCUCCCCCACAAUACAGAUGGACGAAAGAUGACCUCGACUUUAUCCCUCCCCAUCCUGCAACAAUCAGAAGUGACCAACUUGCCACAGAUGGUACAUUUGUGCUUCAAAACAAAAGCCUCGCUCGAUUUCAGGGUAAAUAUCGAUGCUACGCUUCCAACAAGCUGGGAACCGCCAUGACGGAGACAAUUGAACUGAUAGUACCUAGUAUGCCAAAAUUUCCAAAGGAGAAUAUUGAACCAAUUGUUGUUGAUGAGGGAGAACCUUUUGUCCUGCUAUGUAACCCCCCGGAAGGCGUUCCCCCAAGAAAGAUCCACUGGAUGUCCAUUGGUCUGCAGCACAUUGAGCAGGAUGAGAGGGUUUCCGUGGGCACUGAUGGCAGCCUGUACUUCUCUCAUGCCUUACAGAAAGACAGUCGUCAGGACUACUGCUGCUUUGCUGACUUUCUCCGCAUACGCACUAUCGUCCAGAAGCCUGCAUUGGCAGUUGAGGUCAAGCCAUGGACACCAGAGUAUGAAUUUGCUGACGGCGGCGAUCUCGGUCCUCCCGUGAGAACACCCAGUCUUCUGCUGCCCUCUGGUGUCCAGACAGAGAAAGUGCUGUUGAAAGGAGCCGAACUUCAGCUUGAGUGUGUACCAGGGGGAAAUCCCACUCCGAAGAUAGAAUGGAUGAAGAUGGGAGACGAGCUUCCCGCUCGAGCUAAACUUGACAACUUUGGAAAACUGUUGACCAUCGCUGCAAUAGAGGAAAGUGAUGAGGGCAAAUACAUGUGCUUAGCCAAGAACUCAGCUGGACAGGCUGUCCACUACUUUGAUGUAAUAGUAGAAGAGCCUCCAAAGUGGCUGACAGAGCCGCCUCACAGCCAGCUGACUGUGAUCGGCUCUGAUGUGCACAUCAAGUGCUCGGUCAGCGGGAAACCACAACCAGACAUACUGUGGAGAAAAAAUGGAAACAUUUUUGAAGACAACCCCUUGAAUAACAAACGAGUGCUUGAUGACACACUGGUGCUCCACAAUGCCACGCCAGAUGACAGUGGCGUAUACCAGUGUGAAGCAGCCAACAGACAUGGCGUUGUUCUGGGCAACAUUAACAUCAUGGUCAUGAAUAUGGCUCCUCUGAUCCUGACUGAGGACCACCACGAGUACGCAGUCAUACGUGGCGAGGACAUGGCCAUGAACUGCAGUGCUUUUGGCUCGCCACCUCCCACAAUCUCUUGGGCCAAAGAUGAGACUCCAGAAACCAUUGAGGGAGAAAGAUUUGUUACCCUUCAGAACGGGUCGUUACAAAUCUCCAGUGCGGAAAAGAAAGACAGCGGCGAAUACGUCUGUGUUGCCGAUAACAGCGAGGGCAAGUCGUCUAUCAUGGCUGUGCUGGCAGUGAAAGACCCCACACACAUUGCUUUUGGACCUCAGGACAUGCAGGUCAUCAGCGGAACCACAGCCCAGUUGAUGUGUCAGGCCGAGUAUGACAAAAGUCUUGCCGACUCCUUUCAGGUGGUUUGGAUAAAGGAUGGGGAGGAAAUGACAUUUCCCACAGAGGAACAUUCCAGGUAUUUUGUGGGUGAUGGCAUGCUGCAGAUCAUGAACGUGAACCUAAAUGAUGAGGGAGUAUACACAUGCCUGGCCAGAACGCGUCUGGAUGGGGUCAAUCGUACUGCGCUUCUGACAGUACUUGAUGUUCCAGAUGCCCCGCAAAACGUCGAGAUAACUGAACUCAAGGAUCAAAGACAUAUCCUUUUGGCUUGGGUGCCUGGCAGUGACCACAACAGUUCCGUAAUCGAAUUCAUUGUGGAAUAUGAGGAGAGCCAAUGGGAACCGGGCAAGUGGAAAGAGCUCCACAAAGUCCCCGGUAACCAGGCAACAGCCGAGCUGGCACUCCACGGACAUCUUAACUACCAGUUCAGAGUGUACGCAGUGAAUGCUGUUGGACCUGGGCCCCCCAGUGAGCCCACUGAGCGCUACAAAACCCCCCCAGCUGCUCCUGAUAGGAACCCAGAAAACAUUAAAAUAGAAGGCCGCCUACCUCAUCAAAUGGGCAUCAGCUGGGAGCCACUGUUGCCUGUUGAACACAAUGGCCCAGGCCUGGAGUACAAAGUCAGCUACAGGAAACUCGCUGUGGACGAUACCUGGACAGAACACCUGAUCAAAAGACACUCCUUUGUUGUGAGAAACACGUCAACAUUCAUCCCGUAUGAAAUAAAAAUUCAGAGCAGGAACAGCCACGGCUGGGGACCGGAGCCUAAAAUCGCUACGGGUUAUUCUGGAGAAGAUGGUGAGUGAAUAUUGCACCAGUCGCUACAAAUAUUGCAGAGCAUUUAUUUAUUGUAGAAAUGCUGCUGGGAGACAGGCUUUCACGCUCAUACUCUGCUGCAUCAUACAACAUUUCCCUAGGAGAUAAAACACAGCAUGAUUGGGGUUUUUUUGUUUUCGUUUUUUUUUUAAAGGCGUGCAUUACAUAGCUGUAACCGGGAGAGGAGCUGCCGAUUUAAUUCAACAAGCCUGAACAACAGGAAAUGAAGUGUUGGACACACAUACUCAUUUUUGACCCCUUAAACCAGAGGUUUCUAAACUACGGCCCUGGGGCCAUUUGCGGCCUGCAAUCCAUUUUCAGCGGCCCGUGGCAUGAUCAAAAAACAAAAAACUAAAAAUGACAUUUGACAUGAGCUGAAAGGUUAGUU